GCCGAACCACCACCUGACCCGAAGCUUGUAGUGACAACGCUCGCGGAUGCCGAAGCAGGUUUCAAAGACGUCACACGUGUCUCAGAAAUGGUUCAAAAUAUAGCUUCAGCAUCCAACAACCUGCAGUCCGUUCCCGAUACGAUGGACACAUUCUCCGCGAUUCUUAGACCUUUGAAGGCAUUCAACUCAAUCGCUAACGGGCUUGCAGAUCUGCAUCCCUACGCAAAGGUCGCAUUAAGCAUAUUCACCUGCGCAUCCAAGAUAAUUCUUGAUCAGGCAGACCGCGAUGCUGCUGUUUCUCAUUUGCUCUCAAAAAUCUCUGAAGUCUACACUUUCAUCGCGGAAGACGAGGCGUUGGCCAAGAUCCAAUCUAUGCUAGCGAUAUAUGGAAAAAUAGCGCGUCAGACGCUGGAGUGCGCCGAUUUCAUCACCCAUUACUCUGAGACAAAGAGCGCAUGGAAAAGACUUGGCAAGCACAUCGCAAGUGAAACGGAUGCUACGAUUAAGAGCUACAACGAGGCUCUUGACGGUCUUAUGCAACAAUUUCGGGACCGAGCGGUUCGUGACGUCGUUGUAAUCGUCCACCGCAUGGGUAAGAGUUGACUUUCAGGUCCUGUCGAGCCUUAACUGACAUUCCGCGACCCUUAACAUAGCCGAGAGUUUGGACCUCAUCGGCACGGAUCGUGCAGCGGGUGCCGGAGUCAACCCGUCUAAAUUUUGUCUGUCCAAUACUCGGCAAGAGCUUCUGACGGAGAUCAAGAGUUGGAUCAGCAGUGCCGAUGAGGGUGCUCCACGCGUCUUAUGGCUCUCUGGCACAGCAGGGAAGGGUAAAUCUGCCAUCGCACAUACCAUAGCCAACUGGUACACUGAGCAUGGUGGUCUUGGUUCAUGCUUCUGCUUCGAUCGCAC